AUGACCCCCAAUUCCACAUCCAGCGACUCGGAAUCUGCUGCUGACCAACCCGGACCAAGCCCUGGCGGCGUCCUACCUGUUGAAGAAUCUGUUGAGCCCCAGGCCUCCGCUCUGGAACCACAACUCCACGAGGAGCACGAUGAAGCCCCCGCCACCCCUCAACGCCACCUGCCCCCCCAUGCCGAGCAUUUUGGGGAGGGAAAUUGGAUACAAUUGCCUGAAGAACUCAACGGCACCAUUAGGGCCCUCCUCGCAAACCUUCAAGGCCCCACCGAGAUUGAAUUAGACGAGGAGGGUGCCCCCAGACUUCCCGAUGCGCAAGACGAACCUGCUGUUGCGCAAAAUGCCCUAGCACUCAUCCGUCAUCUUGAAGCCAUGCCAGCAAUUGUCGCCGGUGAACCUCACCAGAUUGAUGCCAACCCCUGGCAACAAAUGUUGCAAACUCUCACUCCCGAACAACGACGAGUCGUCGAAAAUUUUGAGAAUAGGACUAUUACAGUCCGACGGGAGCUCGCUAACAACUCUGUCCAGAGCAACGAUCCCAUGGCAGUACUGCAAGGAUACUUCUUUCACCUCGAGGAACUUCGCCGAACUCUGGCCAGCUUACCCCCCGAAACUGCCAAUAUGAUUGAACAAUUUAAUUCCAAUGCAUUUCAGGAGAUUGGGCGGUUGAUGGUCAACAGUGAUCAUAUCGACGUAGCCGCGCUACACAUUGGUUACCUACUUGAUAGCUUGCCCAUUACUAGCCUGUCGUCUCUUGCCUCAGAUGUCCCACUGCACGACUCCAUGAAGUGCACAAUCUGCUUAGAGGAAUACGCUUCCAGCGAUGAAAUUGUGGUACUACCAUGUCACCCAACGCAUCACUUUCACCUAUCCUGGCUGGUUACAAAGUUCGUUCCCUGGACCCCCCACCUGUCCAAACUGUAG